AUGGUGGGUCGCGACGCGGCCCGUCGUGGCAUGGGAGCAAAGCCCUCAUACGUGCCGGCCCCGCCUCCCGGUAUUAGUCCAUGGGCCAAGCCCUCCGUUACGGAGGGCCCUCCCCAACUCACGGCAGAAGCCUUCCCGCCUCUGCCAUCUAAACCCGCAACCGCAGCGCCUUCCCAGGUCCCUGCGCCAAACCCUAUAUUAAAAGAGAGGCCCACAUCAAAUGCGAGCCCUCCUAAAGCCCUCAGCCCUCCCGUAAAGGCAACUGAGGAGUCAGGCAGCGUCCGCGACGCUUUUAAUCUUGCGUUCAGCGUAAUAGACGCUAUAGACUUAGACGCACUCGUCGCAUUCGCGGAGGCCUUUAAGUCCGCCAAAACUGCGUCCACCAAGGUGGAGGUAAUAACCGAGCACGCCCUGCUCCUUAAGUCCGUGCGGCAAUUUGUGGAAUCCGGCACACCGCAAUAG